AUGUGGGAGCCCGAAAAGAAGUCUCCGAAAAGGCCAGUAGAGCUGGCAGAUACCAGUAUCGCCAUGAAGCCAUCAACAAUAGGCGACAGAGUGAGGUUCUUCGGGCUUGUUGCUGUUCUAUUUUUCUCUAUUUUCUUGACAUUUCUCGAACCUGCUAUUCUUGCAACACUUGUUCCUCAGAUUUCAAGCGACUUCAACGAUACCGAACAUGGCGGAUGGUAUAACUACGCCUACAUUUUGACAUUUGCCAGCCUUCAGCCCAGUUGGGGUAAAAUCUACCGCUGCUUUUCUCUAAAACCUGCAUUCCUGAUCUCCCUUCUUAUUCUCGGACUGGGUUCGAUUAUCUGCGGCGCUGCGGCUAAAUCAAAGACAUUCAUUGCUGGCUGCGCAAUUUCCGGAGUAGCUGGAGGAGGACUCAUAACUGGUGCUUAUACCAUUGUUGGACACACUAUAAAAAAUGAACGCUGGCGUCCGCAAUAUAUCGGUAUCCUUGGUGCAGCAUAUGGUACAUCUAAUAUUGCUGGUGCAUAUAUUGGGACGCUCUUCCUUGGCUCUGUGACUUAUAGAUGGAUGUUUUAUACCAACGCCGCUAUCGGAAGCCUAUGUUUCAUUGCUUUAUUAUUUUGUUUCGCCAUCGUGCCAACAGUUGUCCCACCGCCAACAUCACGGAAGGAAAAGUUUCUCCUACUUGACCUUCCGGGGCUUGUGAUUAUAUGGCUUGCGAUGGUCUGCUAUGUCAUUUCGAUGCAAUCAAGGAAAACCACAGAUUCGUGGAGCGACACAAUAACUAACGUCACCCGUUUCGCAUUCGGAGUCCUCUUGGUCAUUUUUUUCCUUUCCCAGUGGUGGAGUGGGAAGUAUGCGAACAUCAAGCUUCGCCUUUUUACUAUUCGGGAUACAGCUGCAUGUACUGCCUUUACAUUCUUUCUCGCAGGGGCUUUGGCAGCUCAUCUAUAUAUCUUGCCGACAUACGCACAGGUCCUUGAUGGAGCGUCGGUAUCUGAGUCGCGGGUCCGUAUGAUGCCGUUAAUGAUUGCCAUGUCAUCUUCUUCAAUACUUUCUGGCUACUUGAUUGGACAAUUUGGAUACUAUACCCCAAUGCUGGUCAUCGGGGGAAUUUUCACAAUCAUAGGUACCGGUCUCCUUUACACUCUAGACGCAGCAACAACACCGUUCAAAUGCGCAGCAUUUCAAGUUAUCACCGGAAUCGGAAUUGGUACCGCCUACCUGGUACCUAUCAUCGUGAACAUGAGUUUGGUUGAGAUUGAAGAUCUUCCAACUAUUAUCGCCGCAACAUUCUUUCUACAGUCUCUUGGAGGUUUCUUUCUCAACCAGGCUUCCCAGGCUGCAUUCAUUGGUAUAUUACGGAAACUCUCAGCUACGAGCACUGAUCCCAAGGUAGUGAAAGUCAUUCAGUUUUCUACCACUUCUUUACGUGAUGAAUUUACAGGUGAAAGUUUGAAACUGGUCCUGAACGCAUACCAUGGUGGAAUCGAGAUAGUUUCUAUAAUCGGGAUAGUUGCUGCUGGCAUGUCCCUGAUCCUUUCAAUUUCUCCCCAGUGGAAAAAGCUGAGUGAAUCCAACUGA